CGCGCCGCUCCCUCCGUCGGCCGCGGCCGCUGCCUGCCUGUCGCCGGGGCUGGGAGAGCCUGAGCGCGUGUGUGUGUGUUAUGUGAGUGACGCGGCGGAGGUGUAGUUUGACGCGGUGUGUUACGUGGGGGAGAGAAUAAAACUGCGGCGAGAGCCUCGGCGCGAACGAAAGCAGUGACGGAGCAGCCUCCAGCCGAACUUGCCUUAUCCAAGAAUGUGUGGUAUCGAAAUUCAGUUCUUGAGUUACAAAGAUAACUAAAUGACCAUGGAAUCUGGAGCAGAGAAUCAACAGAGUGGAGAUGCAGCCGUUACAGAAGCAGAAAACCAACAGAUGACGGUGCAGGCGCAGCCACAAAUUGCAACGUUAGCCCAGGUGUCUAUGCCUGCAGGUCAUGCAACGUCUUCUGCUCCAACAGUUACUUUAGUACAGCUGCCCAAUGGGCAGACAGUUCAAGUCCAUGGCGUUAUUCAGGCUGCCCAGCCGUCAGUUAUUCAGUCUCCGCAAGUCCAGACAGUUCAGAUCUCCACUAUUGCAGAAAGUGAAGACUCACAAGAAUCUGUAGACAGUGUCACGGAUUCCCAGAAACGCAGAGAAAUUCUUUCCCGGCGACCCUCCUACAGGAAAAUCUUGAACGACUUGUCUUCGGAUGCCCCCGGCGUGCCAAGGAUUGAAGAAGAAAAAUCUGAAGAGGAGGCAGCAGCACCUGCCAUCACUACCGUGACGGUGCCAACUCCUAUUUACCAGACGAGCAGUGGGCAAUACAGGACUGGUGUUGCUGAUAUCCACCAUCAAUAUGGCAAUGCUGUGCAUGCAGUUGCGAUCACACAGGGAGGUGCAAUCCAGCUAGCUAACAAUGGCACAGAUGGCGUGCAGGGCCUGCAGACUCUCACCAUCCCCAACGCCGCCGCGACCCAGCCCGGCACGACCAUUUUACAGUAUGCUCAGACCACUGACGGGCAGCAGAUUCUCGUCCCCAGCAACCAGGUGGUUGUUCAAGCGGCUUCAGGAGACGUCCAGACCUACCAAAUUCGCACAGCGCCCACAAGCACCAUUGCACCUGGUGUAGUCAUGGCAUCCUCCCCAGCACUUCCCACCCAGCCAGCAGAGGAAGCAGCACGAAAGAGGGAGGUCCGUCUAAUGAAGAACAGGGAGGCAGCACGUGAAUGCCGCAGAAAGAAAAAGGAAUAUGUCAAAUGUCUAGAAAACAGAGUGGCUGUGCUUGAAAACCAAAACAAGACAUUGAUUGAAGAGCUAAAAGCACUUAAGGACCUCUAUUGCCACAAAUCGGAUUAAUUUUAGAUUCCCAUCUUUGGUUUGUUAAUGUGGGAUAAAGACUGGUUUGAUGAUAGCCAGGAAGACAAAAGUGAACUGUUUAUUUUGUAAACAUUUCUUUUUUUUUUUCUACGCGCAAAACUGCCUGAAAGCAACUGCAGAAUUUAAUUCAUCUGUGCUUUGCAUUAAACUGUGAAUGUUGAAUCACCUGCCUCCACUAUUCCCCCUUCCCGUUCUACCCACAAAACUAUUUUCAUCACAGCGCAUCCCAAGUGUGAAGAAAAAGAAGACUUCCUCACCUCACCUCUUCGUCAAGGAAUAAUCGUGUUCUGUUGCGAAGGGAUUAUGGGGGAGUGGAACUUGAUGCAAACGUUUCAGGAGUCAGUACUGAGCUUGUUGGAAGGCCUGAGAGUCAGUCACCCCAGCCUCUGCCGGGAAGUAUCCAGUGGCCCCGGAACAGAACCAAGGUAUGAUGGUUCUCCAAGGAAAUAGUGGUUGCCAAAGGGUUGCAAGGUUCCAAAUAUCCAUUCUCGAACUCCUACAUGGUGGGACGAUGCCAAAGGACACGCACUUGCAGGGAAAAAAUUAACCCGCAGAGAAGAGUUUGCUCGCUUGCUUUUUUGUCACUUGUAAUCUCCCUAUGGGAUGUUUUAGAAGCCUCUCCAUACCAUUAAAAAAGAUUUCCAUGGUUCCUUAAUUAAUUCUCUGUAAUUUAAAAAAAGAAAUGUAUUGUAUUCAGCCUUCUGAAUGCUGUCCUGUCACCCCCAUACCGUUGAUAUCCUGGUGGGAUAUCAACUCGUAGAAAGCAGUAGAGUACCCUGACCUGGAUAGCCCAGGUGAGCCUGAUCUCGUCAGAUCUCAGAAGCUAAGCAGGGUUGGCCUUGUGGUUAGUAAUUGGAUGGGAGACCUCCAACAAAGACCAGGGUUGCAGAGGUAGGCAAUGGUAAACCACCUCUGAUAGCUUCUUGCCAUGAAAACCCCAGCUGGGGUCACCAUAAGUCAACUCUGACUUGAGGGUACCACACACACACACACACACACACACACAAGCAGUAGAGUAGAAACAGUAAAGCGCAGUUAGAAGAGACUUAGAAGAGGGACACACUCUCUGGAAGAGGAACAGUCUAUUAAAGCAUGGUUGUUUUGUUAUGUUUUAUGUAGUGGUUACACUAUUCAAGCCAACCACUAACAGAAGCACAGCUAGCUUAGUAUAUACAGCUGGAAAAGAACGGAAAACAAGCCCAGGUACCCUUAGAUCCUCUUAAAAGAGUUGCCACUCUUGUAAAGUUCUUAAAAGACCAUGUUUUCCUAAACCACUUUAUGAGAUUCUUAAGUGUAAUAUGAUUAAAACAGCAAGCCCUCUGGUAAACAGAAUUUCCUGUUUAUCCAAAAGAUACGUGCUUUGAUUGACUGGGAAGGAGAGUGUUGGUCCACCAGAUCAUAGCAGAAUAUGUUAUCCUGGAUCAUUAGUUAUCCCUGAAAUUAAUCUCUUGAUUCCUGCUGUUAUUUUCAUCCUCAUGUAUGCAAGCCUGCACAUAAAAUAAACCUACUCUACCUCUUGGUGGAGUAUUAGCUGAUAGAUAAAGCCAUUAGGGCCGGGGGGGGGGUAGGGGGGCUUGUUAAACAUCUGCAGCACUGUUAGAGGGUAGACAUUGUGAAUGGGCAUUUGUUUUCCAUGAGACUUAAAAGCAAAGUUUAAACUUCAUCAUCAGUUUUAUGCAGGAUAAGAGAACCAGGUCAAUGUUUUAUUUCCAAGAUGGAUGUCCCGAAAGAACAACAAAACUCAUAGGACUAUGAUAAGAGAAACUUUAAAAUUUUAAGGAACACUUCACCCUGGUCUUAAUUUCUCAUUAAAAUUAUUUCCCCCUCCAGUUUUUUUACAUUGUUAUUUUAACAUGUUGGUAAAAUAAAUCUGGCUUCUGAGUUGCCUCGUAGAUUUACAUAGAUUUAUCGAUCUUAAAAAUGUUGCCACCAUUAAAAGACAUCCUUUACUUCUCAGAUAAAUAGCCUUCUAAAAAUAAGCAGAUUCUUGCGUUAUGUGGAUUUUAACAACUUUCCCCUGUACUGUGCAGUACAUUCUCCUCCCCGCUUUGAGCUGGUGGUAAAAUCAUGAACUCUUACUGUUUUUGUAGGUGUGAUUCAUGUACUGCUAAUCUUGUUGAAAGAUUGAUUGGUGUACUUUGUUCAGGAAUUUUUUUUUUAAAGCUUCUACCUAAUGUUGGCUGUUUUCUAUGUGAAAUAACCUGUUUAAAUUGUAUUAAAUUAUGCAAUAAUCCAAAGUUUAUUUUAGUUACAAUAAGAAAAGCCACCAUUCUAAUGUUCCUCUAACAGAGCAUCCUUUGAAAUUAACUGAGAUGAUCGUGUCUUAGCAGAAUGGGUUAUUUUGGAAGACCCUGUGUGGCCUUUUCCAAGGUGCAGUUGGUCUAUCAAAGAGGGCCAAUGCAGAUAUGCUGGGAGCGUUGUAGAAUAUGCUGUGAUUGCUCUAUAGGUAAAUUCAGGGUUUUGAUUCUGGAAUGUGUCACCAGCAAUAAGAUAAACAUUUCAAUCCAUUUUCAGUAAUCCAGUACUGAACAUUUCACAUUCCUUAAAGGAAAUUUUAAGAGGUGAUAACUAUUGAAAGUUUCAUUGAUCCGAGUACAAAGCUAGCUAAAUUACCAGGAUAUGCUUUGCAAUUCUAAUAGCCAAAAGGAGAAGGCGGCAAUUUUUUUUUUAAAGAACAAAACAAAAACACCUCAUUUUGUAUAAUUUAUUAAGUUAAAAGCAAGAUUGGGUUAUCAGCUCCUGUUAUAUAUUUGGGCCCUUUUCUGCCUAACACAAAUGUUGCUAAAAUCAAGAAUUCAUUGCCGGGCUUAACUGAAAAGAAGGCAUAGAAAGGGCUAGCUCCAUUAUAGUCAUUGUACACAGAUUUGGUUUCAAGUACAGUUUCUAUAUUUUACAAAAGAAAAGGGUGUCAUGCUGGCAGUUGAGAUAUUGCCCAAGGUGCUCUUCUAACUUAGAUAUUCUUGGAAAUGCUUAUGUAUAAAAUAUGUACAUAUAUAAAAUAUAUAUACACAGUAUAUAAUCUAUAGCUCUGAGAGCUUUUAAGUCAGGAAUGCUGAGUAUUAUAGUAUAUUGAGGUCAGAAAAAGUUUUACAUGUGUGUGUUUGUGCGUGCGUGUGUGUGACCGCACUUAAGGUUUUUGCCCCAGUAGUUUAAGCUGCAUUACUCUGUCGCUUAUUCAUUUGUGUUUUAUUGUUGUUCAGUUUUUCAUCUUCAGUUAUUUUAUUUUGCUGCAAUUUGUAUUUUUAAGGAGAAUUAUGGAAUUUAUGUCAACUCUAAAACUCCUCUCAUUCCCAAAUUCUUCACUGUGUGCUUUGUCUCUUUGGCAGCUAUAAACUAAGGCAAAAAGAUUUGGGAAGCGUUUGUUGUAUUCUAAGGGAGCUAAUUUCAAAAGUUGGAUUAAACUUUUUUUAAAAAAAUCUGUGUGCUUCGUAGCAGCUUACUCCAGAUUUUAGCAGCAGACAGCAGUGUUGUUUGAGUAUCCAAGCGAGCUUUAUCCAGACUGGUUUGUUGGUCCUGUAAUCUCUUUGCAUCAGAACAGAAACUGCCUUACUAGGCACUAAAUAAUGAUCAUAAAGGAGAGGACACUCAACGUCAGAAAACUGGCAAUGAUUUGAUACAUCAGCGGCAGCCUUAUGUAUUGCUGAAUUGUACUGCAUCAGACUGCAGACUGAACGUUUGAAUGUUCACGUGUGUGUAUGUUUAGACAGUUUUUGUCCAAACGCCUCGGUUUUUAAUGGGUUGAAAGGUUUCUCUUAACAUGAGGAACAAAUCCCGACACUGCAUUUCUCCCUAACUGCAGUUUGGAGUACAGGCUGUUCAUCACGUACCUUGACUUUUAUUUCAGUUGUAGGAGCUCCUGGUGAGGUUGUCGUGGACCUAUGAUCUGUAUGCAUCUCAGUAUUCUUAAUUAAUCAGCUGAUUCUCUCUCAGGAUAACCAUAAAAGGAGUCAGUGCUGGCAGAAAGAUCUACACAGGGCAGUACCAAAGAUUUAGAUGUCUGUUACCAUGUUGGGAGGAAUUCCCACCAUUCUAACAACCAAUGGAAAUGUCCUGUGGGCUAAGAUUUAAUUACAGGAACAAUCGAAAGAGAAAGAAAAAAAGAUUUCCGUUAUGAUAACUCUGUUUGGCAGUCUAUGGACAGAACUGGGCAUUUGAGAAAUUAAAGCUUGAGGAAAGAUGAGGAGAUUCUUUUUAUCAGUCUUAAUGGCAUUAACUUCAUUCAGAUUCUCAACAAAGCACAGUUCUGAGUUUAUUCAGUGGCAAACGAGACAAGUGUGUAAUAUUGGGUUUUUUAAUCUUUUAAUCAAAGGUUUUUAUAAGUAGUAUAAACCCAUGGCUAUGGGAAGAUUUCACGGAUCCUCAGACUUUGCUAGGUAUAAAAGACUACUAACUCCUGUUUGUUCUAAACACAUUGAGAAGCACAGCCAGUUUUGGUGCUGAAAUUUUAGUGGCCUGCUGCUUUAGGAUACAUUCACUUACAGUGCUGAAUAUAGGUUAGGUCAAUACAUUACUUCACAGCAAGAUGAAGAGACAGAUCAGAAUGUAAUCCUAAACCUUUUUAGCCUUGAAUGAAUGUAUUUUUUUAAAAAAAAAAUAUGCAAACCAUAGUCCUGGCAGACAGACAAAACAUUUAGCACAAGUUAGAAUAAUUAUCUGAAUUUUUGGUACUCCCAAGUGCUGGUCCCUGCCGGCCAGAUGUCAGCUUUCAUACCUUUUUAUGGCUUCUUUCCACAGUCAGAAAUUCCUAGGGCUGAUUCAAGAGUGUCCUGGUGAAUCAUUAGCUUGUUUACCCCUGCAAGGAAUCUCAAAGCAUCCCGCUGCAGCCUCUUGUUCACUUUCUCAGGGUUUGUGUGCACCUAAAAAGUCACCAUUUUGUUUCUGUUCCGAAUGAUACGAAGCGUUUAUGUCUUGGGAUGCUAUUUCAUCUGUAGGGUACUUGCCCGGGGGUGGGGGUGGGUGGGAUUUGCGGUUUUGCUCAGUGUAAUGAGAAGACUGAUGACAACUAAGAUAGGAUAAAUCUAAUUUAUUCCUGGGUGUGUGCUGCAAAAAUUAAGUGCUGGAAUCCUCUUUAUCACCGUGGGCUUGACUUGUCAGCCACACUGGUCAUUGCAUUGCUACAAUGAUGUCUGUGCUGUUGUGUACAUAAAAACCUCUUCACCUGUAACGAGACCAAGGGAAGUGAAUAUUCACUUAUUAUUGACCAGGCGGUGGGUGGGGGGUUCUGUAAUUCUGCCUUCUGAUUGACUCCUUGAUCAUGUAAACAAAUCAGAGGCUGGUGCCAGCUCUUUCUUGUGUAAGCAAGCAUUUAUUGUACUUCGACUUUGGAGAAUAGCAUAACCAACGUCAAGUCAUGUGAGCCUCAGCCUUAGCCAGGUAUCUGUGAUGUGAGGGACAAUCUGAAAUAGAAUUGAAGUAGAAAGAGGGAGAAAAAAAUAUCAAUGAACUUCAGAAACACCCAUGAUUAAAAAAUUAUGGGGGAGGGGGGGUAGAAAAAUGGUUUCUACGAGUUGUACUUUAGGUGCCACUCUUACGUUUUUAUAACAAAACUAUUCCUGUGUUUGAAAAAGCAAGAAGCUAAAUAGUAGACUUUCAACUCUGUUUUAAAAGCUGACACUACUGCAUACACCAGCCUUCUGGUUUGGGGAGCAAUGGGGAAGGGAGUUGUACAACUUAAAUACUUUCUGUGUAUAGCUUUCACCUAUUGCAUUUGUAUAUCGGUUUUCACUUUAAGAAUAAAGCAAUUCUGAUCUGAGAUUUUCAAUUUGAAACUUUAGAAUAAUGUGGGAAGUUUCUGGAGUUAGGGUUGCUAUGUUAUUUUUAUUUAAUAAAAACUAUGAAGUUCACACUCCUCCCCGCCAUUUCCGAUUCUUUGCCCCAAUCAGCACAAAACAGGGUAUUGAGCGUUAAAAAAUUCUAUUGAAAUUAAAUUACUUAGCAAAGAAAUACAAACUGGAGAACAAGUUUGACAAUUCCCUACUUCCUAGAAACAUCCCUGUUUUAAUUUUGUAACUUAACCUUUUGUGCUUUGUUUUUUAAAUGUUCUGAAUUACACUGCAUUUUAUUAACAUUAUGUACAUACUAACUGCUUUGUGUUUCAGAAUGCUAGUAAUUGCUUUGUAUAUUAAAGUGAUCCUUGUGAAUUUGUGAAUUAUUGUCAUACAAGUGCUUUUUUCUUACUGUAAAAUUUGUGGUAUAAACUGUCAUAACACCCUUUUUACACAUUUAUGUGCAGACACAUAAACAUGCUUUUAAAAUCCUU